GUCAGCUUCAUGGUUCGGAGCAGAUGGGAGCCUCUCUGAAAAACAUAUUGUGUGAGAGAAAGGUACCCUUGCUUCCUGGAAAUGGAAAUGGAAUUGGAAUUGGAAAAGGAAAUGCCUCUGCAAAUUAUGCCUGAUGAUUUUAGACAUUCAGGGACCACGUCUUUCAUAAAUUCCCAAAAGGAAGUCACGACUUCAAUGGAAAAGCUUCAUGAGACAGAGACUGUCACACCAGCUCGUGGCCAAGUGUGGCAACCCUCAUUCUCUCUAACCAAACCAGUGGGAACUCUGUCUUUGGAAACACUGCCUUUAGACAAGAAGACUUUGGAAGAUAAGUCCCUGGAACACAUGCCUUUAGAGGUCAACCCACUGAAACACAAGUUCUGUGACGUUCGCCAAAUGGAGGCAAAGUCUUUGGAAGAACAUAUGUUACGGUUACAAAAUCUUUGUCGUAUUUGUGGGACUUCUUUUAACACCACCAGUUAUGACAUGAAAUACCCGGUUAGUGGCCCUGUUGAUGAUGUCACACAAGGGGUGCUCAGGAAAAUGGGACACGGUGACUGUUUUUGGCCCGAACUCAUCCGUAACGCAUUUAAGAUUGAUGUCAAGACCGAUACAGAAGCCCAAUAUCCCACCCACUUUUGUUAUAACUGCUGGCGGGUUGUCAUACAGACAAUCAACAACAGUACGAAUGAAGAUGCGUUCUUCCCUGUCAGCACCAUUGUUGAGUGGAAGCCACAUUCCAAUCUAUGCAGCAUUUGCAACUUUUCCAGUGGGACUCGCAAACGAAAAGGUCUCAAACGAAGUCCGCCAGUGGCAAAGAAGCCCAAAGUAGCAGCUGAUGCUCCAAUCAGACCAAGAGUCAUGAAAAGAAAAGAUCAGAUAAAUAGUACAAGUAUUUUAUUGGCUAAAAAGAUUGUCAACUGCAAGAAGAUCCACCUAAAUUCAAAACUCCUUGUACUUGAUUAUCCCAAUAAUUUCAUCCAGUCAGUAACUUGUCAGGUUUGUGAGCACUUACUUGCUGACCCUGUGCAAUCACCAUGCAAGCACCUUUUCUGCAGAACGUGUAUUCUCAAAUGUACUGCAGUCCUGGGCAAGUAUUGUCCAGUUUGUAGGUUUCCUUGUGGUCCCACCGAGUUCAGGAGCCCAGUUAAGUCAUUUAUAAAUGUCCUGAAUUCACUAGUUCUAAAAUGUCCAGUGACAGACUGUGAAGUGGAGAUGAGACUAGGUGAAUAUUGUAACCAUGUCCAAAACCACAAAGAACGAAGAGUGAAGCAGGCUUACUCACCAGUAAACAAGGGGGGCCGGCCAAGACAACAUUUGCUCUCUUUAACCCGAAGAGCUCAAAAACAUCGUCUGCGAGAUCUCAAACUUCAGGUGAAGGCUUUUGCAGAUAAAGAGGAAGGUGGUGAUGUAAAGUCAGUAUGCCUCACCCUGCUGUUGCUGGCACUCCGAGCUGGAAAUGAGCACAGGCAAGCAGAUGAGCUGGAAGCUGUAACGCAGGGACGAGGAUCAGAAUUGAAGCCAGCAGUCUGUCUUGCCAUUAGAAUUAACACAUUUCUAAGUUGCAGUCAGUACCAUAAAAUGUAUAAGACAGUCAAAGCUACUACAGGGAAGCAGAUCUUCCAGCCUUUGCAUGCACUCCGGAAUGCAGAGAAAACACUGUUGCCAGGUUAUUGUUCAUUUGAAUGGCAACCUCCAUUAGCAAAUGUCUCUACAAACACUGAAGUGGGAAUCAUAGAUGGCCUGAGUGGUUGGGCUCAAUGUGUCGAUGAUUACCCAAUGGAAACUAUUUCAAGACGAUUUAGGUAUGAUGUGGCACUCGCUUCAGCUGUGAAGGAGCUUGAGGAUGAUAUUUUGGAAGGCUUAAAAUGCCAAAAUAUGGAUGAGUGUAUGAGUGGACCGUUUACUGUUGUCAUUAAAGAAUCUUGUGAUGGAAUGGGUGAUGUCAGUGAAAAACAUGGAUGUGGUCCAGCAGUCCCAGAAAAGGCAGUGAGGUAUUCCUUUACAAUCAUGAGUAUAAGCGUGAUGAAUGAAAACAAUGAAAAUGUGAAAGUGUUUGAAGAGCUAAAGCCAAACUCUGAGUUGUGCUGCAGGCCACUUUGCCUGAUGUUGGCAGAUGAAUCUGACCAUGAAACACUGACGGCAAUCCUGGGCCCAGUAAUUACUGAAAGAGAAGCCAUGAAGACCAGUGAUUUAAUACUUGAAAUUGGAGACUUACACAGAUCUUUCCAGUUUAUCUUUCGAGGCACAGGAUAUGAUGAGAAGCUUGUGCGUGAAGUGGAAGGUCUUGAAGCCUCAGGUUCUAUCUACGUCUGCACAUUGUGUGAUGCCACUCGAAGUGAGGCUUCACAAAACUUGGUUCUUCACUCCAUAACAAGGAGCCAUGAAGAGAACUUGGAGCGCUAUGAAAUUUGGCGUUCAAAUCCUUAUCGUGAGACAGCUGAAGAGUUACGCGAUAGAGUGAAAGGGGUUUCAGCAAAACCAUUUAUAGAAACUCAGCCCUCCAUAGAUGCCUUGCAUUGUGACAUUGGAAAUGCAACAGAAUUUUACAGACUUUUCCAGGAUGAGAUCGGGGAGCAAUACAAAAAUCCUAACUCAUCUAAGGAGGAAAGAAAAAGGUGGCAAGCAAUGCUCGAUAAACACUUGAGAAAGAAGAUGAAUUUGAAACCUGUCAUGAGAUUGAAUGGAAACUUUGCAAGAAAACUAAUGACAAAAGAGACUGUAGAAGCCGUUUGUGAACUGAUCCCAUCUGAAGAAAGGAGAGAGAUUCUCAGAGAGUUAAUGCACCUUUACCUCCUCAUGAAGCCAGUGUGGCGUUCCACAUUCCCAACUAGAGAAUGCCCAGACCUUCUUUGUCAGUACAGUUUUAAUUCCCAGAGAUUUGCGGAGCUGCUGCGUACAGAGUUCAAGCACAGAUAUGAAGGGAAAAUCACUAACUAUCUGCACAAGACUUUGGCUCAUGUCCCUGAGAUCAUUGAAAGAGAUGGCUCCAUAGGUGCAUGGGCAAGUGAAGGGAAUGAAUCAGGCAACAAACUUUUUCGGCGUUUCAGGAAAAUGAAUGCAAGGCAGUCCAAAUGCUAUGAAUUGGAAGACAUUUUGAAGCACCAUUGGCUGUACACUUCAAAAUAUUUACAGAGGUUCAUGGAUGUACACAAUACAUUAAAGUUUGGAAAGAUUGCAUCUGUCCCACCUGAAGUAACCAGCCAAGAUAAUACAAUAGUUGAAGAUAAUACAAUAGUUGAAGAUAAUACAAUAGCUGAAGAUGAUACAAUAGCUGAAGGUGAUUCCUUUAAUUUUUAAGCUGAAUUAUUGGAGCUGAAAUUGCUUCUACGUAUCUUUAACCCACAGGAGACUAUGAACAGUCUGUACAAUGUGGAUAGUUGGAUUUAUCAUUGCCAAACUUAGUGUGCAAAGUUGACAUAGGUGAAAAAGUUCUAACAGUGUUAUUGAAAGAAUAUACUCAGUGCACUGUUGAAGAGGCUGUGAUAAAUAUAUGUAUCAACUGCAGCCAGAAUAAAAAUUGUUCACAAAGAAGUGAACCUUUCUAUAAUAUUUGUCCCAUGUUAAAUAUUCACAGAGAGCAGCCAUUUUGGUUAGAUUUGGUGCUUAAAUGUGAAAAUAAAGUGGGCAAGAUAAUAACAUUAAAUAAGAUGGUAAUUUUCCAGAUGAAGGAGUGGAUAAUAUUUUCUGAAUUCAAGCUUUUCAGAACCGACGCUAGCAGGUUUAUUGUAGGAUGGGGAAUGUUGAUGAUGUUCAGUUCCAGUUGAUUCACAUCUCUCAAUCUUUGCUGUGUUUUCCAUAUUCUUAUCCAGCUAUUUAUUGAUUUCUUUUGGAAAAUAAUGUAAUUUAAAAAAAAAUGACUACGCUACUUUACAGAAAGCUUUUUUUAAUGAGAUUUGGAAUAAGAUACUCGGCUUCUAAAUGUCAUCGAUUAAUUUGAUUUAUUGAGAAUUACUAAUUGUGUUGCCUGUGGUACUCACUUAGCCAGGCCAGAAGAUUGGCUGUUUUAUAAGGACAGGAGCAUCAUGUGUCCUGUACUCCGUAAUGCACCACAUUCAGCUGAGAAAGGGAAGCUUUGCAUAACCAUUAAGCCGGUGAGGUGCUUUCCUUAAUUCGAAAUUCCUCAGGUCAGGUUAGAAUGGUUUCCUUUGGAUUUUUUAAAUAUUUUUUGAAGCUUUUUUGUGAAAUAAAUUGGAAGAUACUUUCUGUUUUGGCAGAGAGAUUCAUUUGUACAUUGGGAAUUUUUAUAUGCCCUUUUUCUCUUUUUCUAUAUCAUUUAAAAGUGCAGAAUUUACAUUGGUGACUUCUGUGACAUCUAAAAUAUAACUAAAGGACCUUCAAGCCCUUCUCUAUAUACAGUAGUAGCAGAUCUCCCAUGGUCAGACAUUCUGCUUGGUCUUAAUAGAAACAUUAUCAACAAAUUGGGCAAUUGCCACUUGAAGCAAGUGUAACAUUUAUAGGAAGUGUGAACUAUAAAUAAGAGAUUUUGAAAUUGGUCAGUGUUUCACUUGGUAUUUGGGGGCAAAACAGGCAUUUUAAACAUUUAAAUUUGCACAGCCACUGGUCCCACUGCUAAAUUCACGGGGCCCAUUUUCUUUUAGGAAUCCUGCUCGAUUUUGUAAGUUAGGGACCCAAUGCCUCUAAAUGACUUCUUUGAAAAAUUAAUGAUUGAUGUCUGCUUUGUUCAAGAUUUUUCAGCCACUACAUCUGCCAAAAUCAUCCUGUGGGUCCAGGAUGUGGUGCAGGAGCAGAAAUGUUCCCCCAACUCCACUGGAGACCUCCCUGUAACUCAACCUCCCUCCUGGGACUUCCCUUUGCAACUGAUCCCCCUCAUUACGUGGAAGCAGCUUCCCAUCAUUAUUCAGAUGAGGCCCGAGAGAUCCUCUCUUCCUUUUGCUUAGGCCUGAAAAUGGGUCGAAACAAAUUAAUUCCCCUUCGUUUUAUAAGGUAUUAUUUUUCCUUUAUCAUUUACUUCAUUCUGGUCACCGUUUUGAUGCCCACUUCAGAUUAAAUUUCAGACUGUGGUUUAUAAGCAACCUAAUGGGAGAUCUGUUAGUAUUAUUGAUAUAUAUUAUAUAUAUAUACAUAUUAUUUUUUAUAUAUUUAUAUAUAGAUAUAUUUCUGGCAGAUCCCAUGCAUUUAUUUUUAUCAUUCUGUAAUAUCUUAUGUGUCUAUUACAUUGAGAUCAUGGGGCCAUUGUUUUUUUCAAAAAAAUUACAAUUAAUACUUCUGUUUUGGUGACAUCAUUUCUAGUUAUUGAAGCUUUUAAUAGUUUUCUACAGAUACACAAUCAAGACUUUGUAAUUUAUACCACUUGCUUCAUGGAAGGAGUAAGGAGGUUUUAAAACUUUGGCAAGCUGUUACUGAUUUUCCAACUUUGAGAUAUAAAGUAUUAAACAAAAUGAAAGUUGCAGUGUCACUGGACAGACAUUAUUCCAAGAUUAUUAUUUCAAACAUUCUAACACAUCAUUUACUUUCCUAGACAUUUUCCUCAAGCUCUUAAUUUUGUACUUGGUUUUGUUCUAUCCAGAGUUAAACGUUAAUAUACAAGGCAGCAAUGAAUAGACUCCACCUUGUCCAUUACUGAGCCUAUUGUUAAUCACUUGUGCAAAGUAGCUUUCUCUUUCACAUGAAACUGUUGCAGCUGCUGACAUUGUGUGUUUGACAGUAGUGGCAAAACCAAACUGGAGUGGAUGUUUAACAGCAAUAUGAUGCAAGCUGAAGUUGCUGUGUCUGUUGACAGGCAAACAAAAGUGUGAUUAAUGAUGCGUCAAGUUUAAAUUAAUGCAGAUUUUAAUUGUGAUUAAGUAUUAUCUGGUAUAGGAUGGGGUCAAAUGCUUGAUUUUUAAAAUUCUUUCAUGGGAUGUGGAUGACGCUGGCAAGGCCAGCAUUUGUUGCCCAUCCCUAACUGCCCUUGAGAAUGGCUUGCUCGGCUAUUUCAGAGGGAGGUUAAGAGUCAACCACAUUGCUGUGGGUCUGAAGUCACAGGCAGAUAACAUAUAGAUAGGAGAAUGGUUUGCAUUUUAUAGCAGAUUUAAUCUUUAAUAUAGUUAAAGUAAAUGAUUCUUAUGCAUUGCUGACUUUUUUAUUAGUUACACAUGGAAUCAAAUCAGCUUUGCAGAAUUGUUUACUUCCAAUCUAGGAUUAUAGUGCAUUGGGAUUGGAUGCUUAUUGUAUUGUAAUAUUGAAUUUUACUGUAACCUGUAAUAUUGAAUUUUACUGUAACUUGGAAUAUUGAAUUUUACUGUAAUCUGUAAUAUUGAACCUGUUGCAUUUUCAAGAAUUUUUCUGCAUUUGAAGCAAAUUUUACAUUAAAAAACUUUGUGCUUUCAAUGAGUCCGACCUGGACCAGGUUUCUAUACUGAUUGUUUAAAUCAUUAUUGAAUGCACUCUAUUUACUUAAAGGCUAUCCCAAGCUGUUAAACAUUAGUAUACAUGGUGAUAAACCCGUUUACUGCAAUUGUCAACUUUGGUGUAGCUUUUUUAAAAAAUAAAGAUUUACAACUUUUAAA